AUGUCUUUUUGGAUUUUAGUGGUGUUGCUGGCUGGGAUUUUAGAGCCCAUUGUGGCAGAUUCUCUGAAGGAAUAUAGACCAUCAACUUUGGCUAUUUCCGAAGCUUCCGAAGUGAAGAAUCGAAGUGAUUCUAUAAAUCAAGAUUUGGAAAAUAAAAGUUCAGUUAAAUCUGAUUCCGAAAAGGAAAUCAUUUUAGAUUUUUUAAAGUCCGCCAACACAAGCUAUUGCAAAAAUGGAUUUCUCAAAGAUUGGCAAAACACAGAACAGGAUACAGACAGCCUCAAUCUGCGACAGCUGCCGAAUCUGUACAAGGACAUGCUCCUCGAUCACCUGCAGGACCAGAUGCGUCAACUAUUCAUUGGACUGCCCCUGGAUAUAGCCUUCUCCACCCUCAACUAUAUAUGCAGCACCAUUGUGGAUCUCGGUGUGGUGAGAUCUAAAGUUAUCCCGGAUGUGUCGCGAAUGAAGUUUCUACUUCGGACAGAAAACCACUGUCAGAAUACCAGUAUACCAUUGACCCAGGCAGAGGAGCUAUGGAAUACUCCAGGAUUCUAUCAGGAUCGUCCGACGGUCGUGUUCAUCACCGGCUGGAAAAGUAGUAUCAACGAUUCCAACAGUGGUCCCGUGGCCAAAGCUUAUACCUGCCGCAAUGAUACAAACAUGCUGAUUCUGGAUGCCGCUGACUUUAUAGACACCCUCUAUACAUGGUCGGCCUUGAACACUGAGGUCAUUGGAGCUAAUCUGGCCAAGGCGCUACUCCGAAUGAACACCACCUAUGUGACCAAUCAGUUCCAUUUGGUGGGUCACAGUUUGGGAGCCCAGAUUGCUGGCUCGGCGGGCAGGAACUAUCGGCAAAUGUCGGGUGGAUUAACCUUGAAGAGAAUCACCGGAUUGGAUCCGGCUAAUCCAUGUUUCUACGAUGGGAACGAUCUGGAGGGUCUACGAAGUGGAGAUGCACGAUUCGUGGACAUUAUCCACUCGAAUCCCGGCAUGUUGGGUACCUCAAAGCGAGCUGGAGAUGCGGAUUUCUUUGUCCAGGGACGGAUUCCCUUCAAAGAGGGUUGUGAGGGUCUAACCACGAUUAGCUGUUCGCACCAGAGAGCGGUGGACUACUGGACGGAGACGGUGUAUCCGACGAAUGAGAAUGACUUUCUGGGCAGGCGUUGCGAUCGGUAUUCGGAACUCCUGCUUGGCAGCUAUUGUCGGGACACGAGGACUGUGAUGGGAUACGCGGCCAAGCCAACGGAACUGGGACUGUUCUAUGUGGGCGCUAAUAGGGCUGAGCCCUACGGUCAGAAUGCCAAUCUAGAGACGUUUACCUACUCCACCACAGAAUGUGGAGCCUGUGAAUGA